AUGAAAGAUAUAGAAGAUGCUGAAUUAGAAAUGGACAAUAUUAAUUUAUCAGAACAUUUAGAAGUUAUUAAUCGAUUAGAUAUUGAAAAUGUGAUACAUUUAAAUGAUAAAGCAUUUCUAAAUGAAGAAUUUGAUAUUGAUAGUGAAGAAUCACAGAUCGAUAGUGAAGAAGAAAUUGAUGAUGAAGAAUUUAUUAUUAGAAGUAAAAAAGGACAAGGUAUAUUUGAUUUUAAUCCUGAAGAUUUAGUGACAGAUUUA